AUGAAGCUUAGCUGGCACUCCAAGCACGCCCGUCAAACGAGACGCGUGGGAUUGCUUCAAGACCUUAAGAAAUCGGAAGGCUCAACUGAAGGAAGAGGGGAAGAAGGAGAAAUAACAGAGGAGAGCAAAGAGGUAGAAGAAACAGAAGAGGCUGUGGAGAUUCUCCUGGAGAAAGAGAGCGAGGAUGGGGAGAGGGAUGCGGAAGGCACGGAUCCUAUCGAAAUGGAGGAAGCGGACCAGGAGGAAGAGGAGGAAGGGGAAGAAAUGGAGACCCCCGCUCGCCAGAGUGACAAGCACGGUGUCGUUGGAGAGGAUGUAGAAAAAUCAGGGCAAAGGAGCACCUCGGGGGCCAAGACUCAAGACGCCACCAAGCCAGAUCUGACCAAGGAUUCGGGCAAGGAGUCCAAGCGAAAGGAUGUGAUUGUGGAAUUCUUCACCACGUCCAACGGAAACACCUACAAAGUGGUGGAGUACCUGAAGAAGUCCAAGCUCCGGAAAGCAGAGAAAUAUUACCAGGGAAAACUGAAAAGCAGUUCGAUGCCUUCCUACCUGGAGCAGGUGUACCUGUCAGAGGCUUUCUUUAGAGAUAUCAGAAGACAUAUCCGACUCCAGUUCUUCGAGCAUCUGGAGAAGUGGUUUGAUGACACCUUAUCCAGCAUCGGCGUUGUCGUGGUGGCCAAGAAAGAAGAGCUCAACUCCGAGCUGCAGCUGCGCCUCCAUCUUCACGAACCCCGGAGGGAACGCAUCGAGAAGGACAUUUACAACGUCAGGAGGGCGGAGCUACGGAUUCACAGCGACCGCUUGAAGCGUCACUGCGCCGGCUUGAUCGAGGCGCUGAAUAAGGAGAGGAGCGCCUUCAUCAAGAUCCGAGAAGACCACAACGCAGUCAGCAAAUCCUUCCGAACCCGAAUCCAAGACAUGGAGAAAGUCUUCCAGAUGGAAAGCCGGGCAGAAAGGGUGAUGGCCCUCAGCCGUAACCUCCAUAUGGAGCUGCUGAACCAUGUGGAAGUGCUCCAGGUCUCCAUGAGGAGUUACAGACAGUAUCUGGAGGAGGCUUUGGGGAAACUGCGGGAUUCUAACACGGACUUCCUGAAAGCCUGCAGACUCUUUGCAGAUGGCGGGAACUUUUCCCCCGAGGAGCUAGAGAUCUUCAUGAAGCAGCUGCAGAAGGAGAACUCGCGCAUAGAAUUUGUCGAAGGCUUGAUCAUGAUUGAUAUGGAGAAAGCAGAGACUGGCUAUCUGGAGCAGGCUACAGAAAUUAUCAGCAAGUUCGAGAACAGGUUUCGUUACCUGGCUAUGGAUCGAGUCUUCUUGGAGAAAAUCCAACGAUUUCUGACCAAUAUUCAAGUGAAAAUCAAGACAGAGGUGGCCAAAUCCAACUGGCAGACCCAAACAUUGAAUAACUACUUGGAGAAGCUCGUCCAGAGGAUCGAUGCCUGUGCCCACCCUAAUGUGGACAAAGGAAGGUGGGUUUAA